AUGUCGGCAGUGGCGCCACCGCUGCGCACUUGGAUCGUCGCCGCCUGCUUGUCUGCAACCUGCGUCGCAGACGAUGAAAGGAAGCAGCGCAACUACAUCGGCGGCGGGCUUUUCGGCACGCGCCGCCACCCUGCUGCGCGCCGCCGAGGCGGGACACGCUCUGGAGUGCCCAUUGCUGUUUCCUUUCAUCCUGAAAGAGGAGCUGUGGAAAACAACAAAUCUGAAACCAAACAACGGAGGGUAGUUGUCACUGGCAUGGGUGUCGUGACUCCGUUAGGCCAUGAGCCUGAUGAGUUUUACAACAACCUUCUACAGGGUCUCAGUGGAAUAAGUGAGAUAGAAGCAUUUGACUGUUCCAGCUAUCCCACGAGAAUUGCUGGAGAAAUCAAAUCCUUUUCAACAGAUGGUUGGGUUGCACCAAAGUUAGCUAAGCGAAUGGAUAAGUUCAUGCAAUAUUUGAUAGUUGCUGGUAAGAAAGCAUUGGAAAAUGGUGGAGUCACUGAAGAUAUCAUGAACGAGUUGGACAAAUCGAGAUGUGGAGUUCUAAUUGGAUCUGGUAUGGGUGGCAUGAAGGUUUUUAGUGAUGCAAUUGAAGCAUUGAGGGUCUCCUACAGGAAGAUGAACCCAUUUUGUGUACCUUUUGCAACUACAAACAUGGGUUCUGCAAUACUUGCGAUGGAUCUGGGCUGGAUGGGCCCAAACUACUCUAUCUCUACUGCUUGUGCCACUAGUAACUUCUGCAUCCUGAGUGCAGCCAAUCAUAUCAUGAGGGGGGAAACUGAUUUGAUGCUGUGUGGUGGUUCUGAUGCUCCAAUUAUACCAAUUGGAUUGGGAGGUUUUGUGGCAUGUAGAGCUCUUUCACAGAGAAAUAGUGAUCCAACAAAAGCUUCUCGGCCUUGGGACAUGGAUCGUGAUGGGUUUGUCAUGGGAGAAGGGGCUGGUGUGCUUCUUUUGGAAGAACUUGAGCAUGCAAAGCAAAGAGGUGCAGAAAUAUAUGCAGAAUUUCUGGGUGGAAGCUUUACGUGUGAUGCAUAUCAUAUGACGGAACCACAUCCUGAAGGGAAGGGGGUUAUUCUUUGUGUUGAAAAUGCACUAGCUGAUGCAGGAGUAACAAGGCAAGACAUUAACUAUGUAAAUGCCCAUGCUACAUCUACACAGUUGGGUGAUUUGAAGGAAUUCCAAGCUCUUUGCCGCUGUUUUGGGCAGAAUCCUCAGCUAAGAGUAAACUCAACAAAGUCGAUGACUGGCCACUUGCUAGGUGCUGCAGGUGGAAUAGAAGCUCCCUUCUCGGUACAGGCUAUAAGAACUGGUUGGAUCCAUCCGAAUAUCAAUCUAGACAAUCCGGAGAAAAUUGUGGAUGUCAACUUGCUGGUGGGAUCACAAAAGGAGAGAUGUGAUGUGAAAGUCGCAUUGUCGAAUUCAUUUGGAUUCGGUGGGCACAAUUCAUCAAUUUUAUUUGCGCCCUUUUGA